GGUACUGAGGGAAUCCUGUAGUUUCUUUUGCUCUGCUAAGUAAUACGCUUGCGCUGAUCGGGAUUUCUUUUUUUUUAAUUCACUUAAUUUACGGCUCAGUAUUAAAGAGCCAACAUAGCAUCCCUCUAUCUACAUUAUUAGGCUACUUGUAAACAGUAUCCAUCCAAACAACUAGACCUGUUUUAUUCUCUGUUAUCUACAUCUCUUAACUACGUACAGCACUUCUCAGAGGUGUGGACUCGAUUCACAUGACUUGGACUAGAGACGGACACGAGUCCUAAAUUUGAUGACUUUUGACUUGACAAUAUGUUAAAAGACUUGCAACUCGACUUGAACAGUAGCAAUUCGUGACUUAACUUGGAUUUUAACUCAUUGACUUGAAAAAGACUUGCUACUUUCACCUACAGUAGCACUGAAAAAACAACACUUCGUAUCUUGGCUGGGUCACCAGUGGCAAACAGAUCCUAGGUGAGGCACCAGACAAGCAUGGCUCCAAAGACCCCUAUGAUGUUUGAAAACACAGGAAAAUAUUUUCCCUUCCCCGGAGGCGGGUCAAAUGGGCUCGAAGGCCAGUGCCUGGUGGCCGGGCCUCCACCCAUGGGCCCCAGCUGGGCACAGCCCGAAAGGGUGAUGUGGGUCCCCCUUCCCAUGGGCUCACCGCCUGUGGGAAGGGGUCAGGUGCAGUGUGAGCUGGGCGGUGGCCGAUCACUAAUAACGUCAAUGGUGUUUUUUAACGGGUAUGGGUGGGGGAGGGUCUUGUGCAGUUUGUGUGAUCGUCAAGCCUCUGGAUAACUGCAAUGAAGAUUGGCACCCUGGAGAGCGCAACAAUGCUUUGAGGUGAAUGUCCCUCCCUCAGAGGAAGAAGAAGGGGGGGGGGGCGGCGGGGUACAAGAGAAGAGAAGAGACAAACAUAAUGCCUGAAAAGAAAGAAGACAAAAUGAAAAAAACUUAUAAAAAAAAAUAAAUAAAAAAAAAAUGCUUUUGGUAGUAGAAAUUUAUUGCGCCAAGGCAAGAAAAAUAUUCCUGCGACCAACAGGAAUGACGCCUUAGAUCAUGCAGGGAAUAAAGGAUGACUCUCCGAGGCGAUCGCUUUGUUCCAAAGCUAUUGCGCAAAAUGCCGGUCCAUACAUAUGGCGAGAUGCUCUCGGCCGCUUGCUGGCUGAUCGUCGGCCGACCAGGAUUUGAAUAAAUGGGAUCCGGAAUCGUCAGAUAGUGAACUCCCUUUUGGAUAGCCAGGCGAGCUUCCUCCGAUGAAGAUCGACGAAGUCCGGCAAAGACAAAGGUAACCCGUUUGCAGCUCGCAUUAGCUACAUUUAGCGAAAAAACAUGCUCCUUCGAUCCUUGUUGCAUAAAAACAUAAUUUAGUCCCACGAGUUCACAUUACAAUGUAACAUCUGUUGCCAGUACUGAUUUGAAUUUUCCAUUUCGUGCAUCUUGCAGGAAUUCGACACCCGCGAGUCGAGCGUCUUUUAGAACUGCGACGAAGAAAAGUUAUGCAUCCAGAAGACGUUCGACUCCCAUUCCAGUACGCAGUGCAGACAAAAAAAGAAACAGAUUUGGCUGAAAGUUGCCUAUAUUUGACUGGUGAUUACUAAAGAAUGGUAUAAGCUGGAGAGAAACUUUUUUUGAUGAAAGAAGAGAGUCUGAUCUUUCAUUUGGUGGUGUUUACAUCGCCAUAGCACAUAAUAUUCUGUGGGGCUUGGAAAAUCAGUGAAAUUGCUCAAAACAUGCCUGCCAGUCUAGAGGUUCCCUGCUCAGGAAACUGCUGGCAGUGAAUGAGUUAAGUGAAUCUCAUUAAAAAAAAAAAAAUAUAUAUAUAUAUAUAUUGUCCUUUUCCUUGAUUAUUCCAAUAGUAGAAUAAUCAGUAGAAUCAGUAGAAUAAUCGCAGCAAUAAUUAACUAAUUACAGCACUACUGGUUGCAAAUUCUUAUUUGUGACAGGUCUGUUUAUCACUUCAAAAAUAAAGUGAGAAAAAGCAAGUCUGAGCAUAGCAUUUUCAUAGAAUAAGUGAAAAUGUACCAUCAAUUGGUUUUGAAGGUGCAAUGAACUAAGCCCCCCUUGAUUGGUUUUGAAGGUGCAAAAAUUUUGAUCAGCCCCCUAGUUUUCUUAUCAAUGUACGUGUUCAUCAAAUUUGUUUUGAUAAAUAAAUAUGGAUUUUAAAAUAUAACUAUAGUUUAUAUUAUAUACAUAUUAACUCAUUCCCUGCCAAUGCCGUCCAAAGACGUCAUUCAGAAUCCAUCUAUUGGUGGGUGGGGGAGAGUCUUGUGCAGUUUAUGUGUGAUCAUCGAGCAAUGAUGAUUGGCACCCUGUAGAGGGCAACAAUGCCUUGAAUAAAGGAUGAUGCGCCGAGCCAGAAUGACGCUCUGAGCGAUUGCUUUGUAGCAAAGGAAAUGGAGACAUCCUCAGCCGCUUGCCAGCUGAUCGUCUGCCGACCAGGAUUUGAGUAAAUGCGAUCCAGAAUCGUCAGAUGAGUGAACUGCCUCUGUAUCGCCUGGAAACAGCCGAGCUUCAUUCAGCGCUUCCACCGGACGAUAUGGAGACGAAGGAAUUCAACACCCGCAAGUCGAACGUCCUUUACGAUUGCAACGAAGAAAAUACUGCAGCACAAUGAAUGAACAACGCAUGAAUGGACAGCUUCCCGAGCCUCUUCAGAUAUUUCCACGAGCCGGCAAGACUCCGGGGAUCCGGAACAUACAUGGCCUGAAGGUAAAUACGAGACCUAACCCAGCCAAUGACUGUAAAGCUGGUGUCACCGACACUAUGGCCAACAACAGCUUAAAGAAAUCAUCUGCUGAGCUGAAGAGGAUCUUGACAACAGGACAGAUAAAUGCCCAAGAUAUCCAAUACCAAGAGCAACUUGGACAAGGAAAUGGAGGCACAGUCUACAAAGCAUAUCAUCUACUCGGCAAGCGUGUUUUAGCUGUCAAGGUAAUUCCUCUUGACAUCACUGUGGAGCUACAGAAGCAGAUAAUGUCAGAAUUAGAAAUUCUCUACAAGUGUGACUCACCGUACAUCAUCACUUUCUUCAGUGCUUUUUUUGUGGAAAACAGGAUAUCCAUAUGCACAGAAUUCAUGGAUGGUGGUUCACUUGACGUGUACAAAAGGAUUCCAGAGCAUGUCCUGGGAAGGAUUGCUGUGGCAGUAGUAAAAGGCCUAACGUACCUGUGGAGCUUAAAGAUACUUCACAGAGAUGUCAAGCCCUCCAAUAUGCUGGUGAACACCCGAGGACAAGUCAAGCUAUGCGACUUUGGUGUCAGCACUCAGUUGGUAAAUUCAAUUGCCAAAACAUAUGUGGGAACAAAUGCAUAUAUGGCGCCAGAACGGAUAUCAGGGGAACAGUAUGGUAUCCAUGCAGAUGUUUGGAGUGUUGGAAUCUCUUUCAUGGAGUUGGCCCUCGGAAUGUUUCCCUAUCCACAGAUUCAGAAAAACCAAGGGUCUUUAAUGCCUCUUCAGUUGCUGCAAUGCAUCGUUGAUGAGGAUCCUCCAGUUCUUCCUGCAGAGCAGUUCAGCGAGACUUUUGUUCACUUCAUCACUCAGUGUAUGAAAAGACUACCAAAAGAGAGACCUGCACCCAAUAACUUAAUGAGACGGUGGCUCCAGACACAAGACAGACAGGAUCAUUCCUUCAUCGUGCAAUACAAUGAUGGAAAUGCAGAGGUGGUGUCCAUGUGGGUUUGUCGCUGUUUAGAAGCGAGGCGAAUACAGCAGGCUCCAGGUCGUAACUUGCGCCUUGAUGGACCAUGAUACUUUGAGCCAAGCCCUGGAUUCAAAGCCCUGUACUGUAUGUUCAUACAGUGGGUAUGGAAAAUAUUCAGAUCCCCUUACAUUUUUCACUCUGUUAUAUUGCAGCCAUUUGCUAAAAUCAUUUAAGUUAAUUUUUUUCCCUCAUUAAUGAACACACAGCACCCCAUAUUGACAGGAAAAAAAUGAAUUGUUGAAAUUAUUGCAAAUUUAUUAAAAAAGAAAAACUGAAAUAUCACACACCCAGAAGUAUUCAGAGCCUUUGCUCAGUAUUUAGUAGAAGCACCGUUUUGAGCUAAUACAGCCAUGAGUCUUUUUGGGAAUGAUGCAACAAGUUUUUCACACCUGGAUUUGGGGAUCCUCUGCCAUUCCUCCUUGCAGAUCCUCUCCAGUUCUGUCAGGUUGGAUGGUGAACGUUGGUGGACAGCCAUUUUCAGGUCUCUCUCUACUUGGCUGCAUUCAUCUUUCCUUCAAUUGCAACCAGUCGCCCUGUCCCUGCAGCAGGAAAAACACCCCCACAGCAUGAUGCUGCUACCACCAUGCCUCACUGUUGGGACUGUAUUGGACAGGUGAUGAGCAGUGCCUGGUUUUCUCCACACAUACCACUUAGCAUUAAGGCCAAAAAGUACCAUCCUGGUCUCAUCAGACCAGAGAAUCUUAUUUCUCACCAUCUUGGAGUCCUUUAGUUGUUUUUUAGCAAACUCCAUGCUGGCUUUCAUGUGUCUUGCACUGAGGAGAGGCUUUAUUGGGCCACUCUGCCAUAAAGCUGGUGGAGGACUACAGUGAUGGUUGUCUUCCUAUAACCUUCUCCCAUCUCCCGACUGCAUUUCUGGAGCUCAGCCACAAUGAUCUUUGGGUUCUUCUUUACCUUUCUCACCAAGGCUCUACUCCCCCGAUUGCUCAGUUUGGCCGGACGGCCAGCUUUAGGAAGGGUUCUGGUCGUCCCAAACGUCUUUCAUUUAAGGAUUAUGGAGGCCACAGUGCUCUUCGGAACCCUAAGUGCAGCAGAAUAUUUUUGUAACCUUGGCAAGAUCUGUGCCUUGUCGCAAUUCAGUGUCAAGUUCAAUCAGUAUAAUCAAACACAGCUGGACUCCGAUGAAGGUGUAGAACCAUCUCAAGGAUGAUCAGAAGAAAUGGACAGCACCCGAGUUAAAUAUGAGUGUCACAGCAAAGGGUCUGAAUACUUAUGGCUUUGUGAUAUUUCAGUUUUUCUUUUUUAAUAAAUCUGCAAAAAAUUCAACAAUUCAUUUUUUUUUCUGUCAAUAUGGGGUGCUGUACGCGCAUUGAAAAAAAUUGAAUUUAUAUGAUUUUAACAAAUGUCUGCAAUAUAACAAAGACUGAAAAUUUUAAGGGGGUCUGAAUACUUUCACUGUAUGUACUCUGCAAAUGACUCAACAGACAAGGUUGCCAAUCACUAGAUGUUUGAGCCUUUGUGCAUCACUUUUUGUGCAGUGGCAGGAGCUCACAUUCUUUGGACUCAUUCUUAAGCUUUGCAUUCAUGAUGAAGAAGCUGGUCAUCUUCUGCAGUCCAACCGGAUGAGCGAAGAUAAAGAGGUGAUCAGUGACCAUAAUAACCUCACCCUUUAACAUCACAAUAUGCUGAGAGUGAUGUUGGUUUUGGCACCCUGCUUGUGAAUGUUAAGGUGUUUUUGCCUUUGACCAACUGCCGUGUGUGUUUCUCUUCCCAGUGGUAUCACUUAUCACUUCAGCAACCAUCGCUUGUCUCCACAGUGGCAAUAUUUCCUGGAAAAAUAUACCAAUAUAAAAAUAGCUUUAGAAGAAUAUCAGCCCCCGGGUGUCCUUGUUAGAGAGAGAAAUCAAAUUGCUAAACUUUUUCAGCUCUUGGCCCAAGUUGGAAAUUUGCUACCUCCUCGGGAAUAACUUCCUAAGUAUAGAACCUACAGUAUUUACCUACCUAUUUCUGUAACAACUCAACAGACGUGAAUUUGUCACAGCAGCACAAAUCCAAAUGCCCUUUGCCAAGAAUAGAAAGAGAGAAAUUCUUGCUUGACAAUCAAUAAAUAGAUUUUUACUCUGACAAUCGUCGGCCCAGUAGAAACUUGGCAAUCUUCUACUGCUCCGAUCCUGAUCUCGAUCCUCAAUUUCAGAGAAAGCCGUACUCAUUGUUAAAAUACAGGGUUUCCUUUUGUUUGACCAGCGUCUACGUAUUCUUAAAAUAUACAAAGACUUGCUAGAAAUAAUAUACCAUUAAAAGAAAUACUGAAAAUGAAAGGCCAAUCUCUGCAGCUGCUUGGCUUUUUGCUUUUGCUGAACCCAUGCAGGCCUGAAUUUAAAAAAAACAAAAACAUUCCCCUCCCUUACAAACCAUACAUUGUUGCAUUCAAGAGACUGCUUUGACCUCCUGUGAUGCAUCAUCCACUAUCUAGAAAUAAAGUUGGAAAUUAAUCAUGCAUAUUGUUCGUCGAGGACAUUAAUGCAGUGUACAAUACUUCAAGUAAAACUGAUUUUGAGUUUUCAUCAGCAAACAUUUUUUUAUAUUUCAGUGUCUUUGUAAGCUUUGAAUGUAUUCAAGAUGCCUUCACUGCCAUGAAGACGAGGUAAGAGGUGUGGAUCAGUGGCACAUGGUGUUUCUCAUUUACUGCAGUUUGUUUUAAAUGUCAAAGGUUCUAUCAUGAGUUUGAGUUCUGACUGAAGUCUACUGCCACGCUUGUCCUGCAUAACUAAAGGAAAAAGUUGAAAAAAUGGCUGACAUUUGGCAAAAUGUUUUCCCCUAAAAAUAUUCAUUCUGUACAGUAUUGAAUGUGAGAUCUCUGCUGUUAGAGCAACAUUCCAGUCUUAUAAAAGUGGUCCUAAUGUUUAGAAACUAUGUCCCACAGUUUGAUUGUUUUACUCUGCACUCAGAUGUUUUGUGCAUCAUCAGAGAUUUAAAUGUCUCAGUUUUGUAAUGGCAUCUAUUAAAACGUAUUUGUGUCUUUUGCCAAUCAAAGCAAACAACCCGGUUGUGAGAGUAGAAUUACAGUUUAAUUAGAGUAGAAUUACAGUUUGACUUGAAGUGUUAUUUGUAUUACAAUCUAACAUGAACGGGAGACAGGGGAAAAAGUAAGUGGCUAAUAGUUCAGUAUAAACAGAUUUGACACACAAAACCGUAACCGUAAUAACCAUUCUCAGAGUGAGGGAUCUUGUGCUGUACCGCCAGCCAAUGAGCAAGUAAGCAUUAUUGUAAUUAAUAAGGUUCCUAUUUACCUGAAAAAAAUAAAUAUGGUGAUAUUCAACCCUUAUCAAAAGAAUGAACCAUGCUAUGGGUUGCAAAUGGGUGUUUGAAAACAAUAAAAAGUUGCUCUGUUUUUAAUUUUUUUACAUGGUAUUAAAAGAUGUCAAACACAUUUAAGGUGAAGGCCGCAUAUCUUCAUUCAUAAAUUGACAUGACGUUGUCUUGGUAAUGAGUCACCCAAACCUUUAAGCACCUUGCUGGCAUAAAUUCACCUUUAAUUUGCAUUUUGUAAUUAAUCCUGAGUCAACCUUUAAUAAAAGGCAGCCUUGUUGGUUAUUAAUUUCUUCAUUAACCUGAGAUGAGGUUUUUGAUCUACAAAUGUCAUAAAGUAGUCGAUCGAGUUCAUAUCCCACAAUGGUCGCAGAAAAAAACUUGAACAUUUUAUCAAAUCAACCAAUAAAAAUUAGACAUUGCUUUUGAAUUGUAGUUCGACUGAUUUUGUUUUCAAAACAAACUCAUGAAACAGCAAAAAAUGAUGGUAACCCGAGCUUAAUAUUUUGUUGCACAACCUUUUGGAGCCCAUCACUGGAAGCAAACGAUUUUUGUAAUGAGACUUCUGCACCUUUCACCAGGUAUUUUAGCCCACUCUUGAUGAGCAAACUGCUUCAGUUGUCUCAGGUUUGAGGGUGGUGCGUUCUCCAGACUGUGUACUUCAGCUCCUUCCACAGAUGUUCAAUACGAUUUAGAUCAAUAGGAUUUAGAUCAGGGCUCAUAAAAUGUAGAAGGCUCCACUUCAGAAAAUAUUGUUUUGUCUGAGCCAUUCUUAGGUGUUUUAGCUGUGUGUUUUUGGUCAUUAUCCUGUUGCAAGACGCAUGACCUGCGACUGAAAACAAGCUUUCUGACACUGGGAAGCACAUUUCUCUCUAUAAUACCUUGAUAAUCUUGAGAUUUCAUAAUACCUUGCACAUACUCAAACACACUGUGCGAGUGGUGUCACAAUACCAAAAUUCUGACUUCGAUACUAUACCUGCAAGAAGUACCUCGAUACCCUUACAGAAGCGAUACCACGGGAAAUAUAUCAAACACUAGUAAAGCAGGGGAGUUGAAAACUGACAAAACAAGUUCAAAUACUUUAUUUUUAUUUAUCCAAAAAAAUCUAUAAACUUGAAAAAAAAUGUUUAUGCAAUUAGCCCUUAAUGGUCAUAUGGUGUGUCUGUGUGUGUAUAUAUAUAUAUAUAUAUAUAUAUAUACACACACACACACACACACACGCACGCGCACACACAGAGCGGAUGAAAUA